CCCGAACAAGAACAAAGAAUGGAAGAUAUUAUGAGCACGAUUCGCAUAUUGUUGCCCUUGCGUAAGCAGAUUACCGGAUAUUUUGACAAACCGAGCCUUUCUCUUAAUCGAGAUUCUACUAAUGAGUUCUUAAGCACCUUUCUAAAAACUUACAUCGAGGAUAUUCAUGAUUUCCAUUUCAUCGAUGAAGAUCCUAUAGAUCGGGGAGAAUCCUCUUUAUCAUUAGACAAUAAGAAUACAACUUAUUACGAGGCUGAUGCAAGUGAUGAAGAAAUGGAUAUAACAGAUGGGAUAGAGGGAAUCAUAGGGGGUACUAAUCGAGGCCACAACGGUGGUGGCGACGGUGAAGCUCUAUUCAUUCAAAUAAGCAGGUUACUUAUGAAAUAUAUAAAGUAUUAUAUACUCAACAUAACACAUACCUAUGAUGCCAUGCCUUGGUGGGUAAGCGGGAUACCAUGGUGGAUGGCUGAGAGUAUCCUCACACUCUUAUCGUUAGUAUGUAUACAUUCUAUACUUCAAUUUAAUCCUCUUAUCUAUAAGGGCAAUCGAUGUGAUAUUAUUUAUAAGGUGCCGGAUAUUACAUUAAUAGGAAUAACCAACCAUAUAACAAAGGAACCAAUUAAACAGCUACAAUGGCUCUAUUCUCUGACACCUGAUAACUAUCCUACUAAAUGGAUCUAUAGACUAAGAAAUCUCUUUAGUUAUGAUGAGAAUAUUCCAUAUAGGAUAGGAUUUCUAAGAAUAAAGUGUUCUUUAGGCUUACGGAGUAUAAAAGGCUUAGUAUUAAGUGAUUCUGUAUUAUAUCAAUAUGCCCAUUUGGGAGCUGGCCUCAAAUCUCUCAUUCCGCAAUCUAGAGUAGCCAUUUUCAUGCAAGUUGCAACUCGUCAUUUUGAUGAAAGGCAUCGUAAGUAUCUCUACGGUUUCUUUAAUAUACUUGUGUAUUCUGGCGUAGGAUUAGUUGUUUGGUACUAUAUCACACCACACCUUAUACCUGAUUUAGGAUUCUUCCGCGGGGUAAACCUAGAUUCUUUUAAGGACCCAGCUUCGGUUGUUGAUGGGUACAAGAGGGUUUCGUACAUAUUUACAAAAGACGUCGUUAAGACUGUGUUAAGAACUUGUCGAAAUGAUACUUUUUUUCACAAUUUACUAAAUGAGGAAUCAAUCCAAUUUUUUGAUAACGAAAUUAUCAGCAUAACCGAUUUGAAUUCAAACAGACACCUUAAUCUAGAUCACUUCGAGGAGGUUGAAGCUAACAAGCUAGAUCUAGUAGCGUGUAUUGCAGUAGGUAUUAUGAGUGCUACCUUUAUAGCUACCAAUCUUCUUCCUCCUGGUACUACUACGAUAGUCCAAUGAAUAAGGAGAAGGUCGUUAUUUGUCAGUAUUGAGCCUGAUAGCAUAAUUCAGUACCCGUGAUGAUGGGCUCUAGCAAGGAGGAAGGGAAGCAUCCUCUUCAAUAGCUUGAAAUCAACUACAGAGUGUUGAGUAUCAAAUUACGUAUUCUAUUUAUUCAGAAAUCGCACAGGGGAAGCUCCUGAAUUCAUUAGUUGAGUAUGUGAUCUCAUAGUAAGAAGUGAUCACAAACGGUGAUGGAUGCCGAGAGUAUGUUGAUGGGGUGAAUCUGUAGAACAAUACUACAGUAGAGAUUGGGUAGCCCCCUCAACUAUAAAUAAGCAAAUCCUGAAAGGCGAGUAAAAGCACCUACAGUUGUAUCUGUCUAAGCUAUUAUAAGCUUAGAGAAGGGGGGGAAACCCCCAUCGGGUAGAUGCAACUAUACAAAAUACCCAACACACACAAAAACAAGGGACACACUAUUAUAUCAUGAAAAACACUGUCGAGUCAUUAGAACAGUUGAAUACCACACUUUCUAAUACAGUCAACGAUAUACCAGAAUCAUCUGCAAUGGGUGCCUUAAGCCAUUCGGCUAAUUCGAGUAUUAAUGCAGCUCUUAACAGUACGGAAGAGGUAAAAGGGGUGAAGAUGUCGCGGGGGAUUCAAUUCAUGCAAAUAUUAGUGAUAUGUUUCAUAUAGGUAACCCAUUCAACCCAUUUCAGUGUUUCAUUGAUAACCACAUGCGUAAAACCAUCUUUGCAAAAAAUCCAUAUGUGCAAUACGCUGUCGAAAGUUCUUAUUACACACCUGCGGUUAAUCGUCUGGUUAAAGGGUUGAGUUUGAAAGAUAUGGAUCCUAUCAUGCGUAUGCACUAUCUUUAUAUGCGCUCGUUGCUCCGUUUAAAAUUGAAAAGAAAGAUUUAUCGUGCAGAUUUCAGUGAAUAUAAGGGGUUGCGGUCUCUCUAUAACAGGGCUACAGAUAAUUUAUAUAGCCACCUACAAAGGGCAUUAGAAAAGUAUGAAAACUUCGGUGUUUCUGCAAAACAUAAAGUAUUGCAAUGUUUAGUACACGUGGUGACAUCACAAUCAGACAACAGUGUUAGGUAUGUCUAUGGGAACAUCUUUGCACUAGUUAGAUUAGGUACUUAUGUAACAGUGUGGUACUGUUAUACUGAGAGCGCACCAGAUUUCAUAUCUGUGGACCCGCACUAUCUUGAUAUAGAAUUGAUUAUUGAUUUAUUCAAAGUUCGUAAAUUAUUCGUAUGGAUUCCAUACGAGGAAGUGAUUAGUACAUCAAUCUUAGAAGCUUAUGAUGCGGUUGUGGAAAGGACGGCUUUAACGGAUUGCUUGGAUAGAAAGUUGAGAGAAGAGGAAUUGUCGGAUAAAUUCGAAUUCUGGGGGAAAUGCUCUGAUGGUGAUCAUACCAUAGAUUCUGUAGAGGAGAAUGCCACUAUAGAAUAUGCUAGCAGUAAAGAAGGUAGUGCCUGUAAAGAGGGGGUGGAUAGUAGCUGUAAAGAAGAAGGUGGUGGCUGUGAAGAAGAAGGUAGUGGGAGUGAAGAAGAUAGUGACGAUAGUGACAAUCCUAGAUACCUGGCAUUCGGUGUGGUUGUCCUUGUAGGUGUGUUAUUAUACGUCUGGUAUUGUUCUAGGUAAUUCUAUAUUUAUUGUGAAAACCAGAAAUAAGAGUUUCAGUUCAUACUUGGCGGUAAAGGGAUAACCUUUUUGUCUUGAGUGGAAAUAGAAUUCCUUUUUGCAAAGCUAGCUCUUAUGGCGCAUUGGUGCACAAUCGUGCACUGCUUCUUCCUCAUAAAAGAACCCGGCUUUCCUUCCUAUAUGUUUAGGAUAAAAACCUUAUCCAUUAAGAGAUGGAACUUCAAGAGCUGCUAGGUCUAGAGGGAAGUUGUGAGCAUUACGUUCGUGCAUACCUCCAUACCAAGAUUAGCACGGUUGAUGAUAUCAGCCCAAGUAUUAAUAACGCGACCUUGGCUAUCAACUACAGAUUGGUUGAAAUUGAAACCAUUUAGGUUGAAUGCCAUAGUACUAAUACCUAAAGCAGUGAUCCAGAUCCGGCCAAGCAGCCAAUCAGUCGUGUAAAGAACGAGAGUUGUGGAAAGAAACUAGCCUAGCGUAUUGGAUGGAAGAUUCGAUUCAUCGACCUAAAGAACCGUGCCGGGGGUGCCGUGAGCAGCCACACCUACUACUUGACUCUUCCUCUUGACCGAAUGGCGAACCCAGAUUCUUCAUUUAUCACCGCAAACGAACAAUUUAUUUGCGUAGUAAAUAGAGUAAGGAUCAAAGAGUAUACCACUAAACAAGACCCUUAUAGAGCAGAGAGAGAGACAAAGGACAUAACAAGACCCUUAUAGAAGUCAAAAAGAUAAUCAAAGGCAUUCCCUGGUUUACUAACCCUUAUAGAGUACAUGAGCCAAAGCACAAUCCAUCCCUUCCAAUCAGACAAGAAGGAAUCCGAUGUAUUGAUCUUCGUCUGUACUGUGCUGUACAAGACAAUUACCAAAGAUCACAACUAAUGAUCUGUUUGACACAAGACAUGACAUGACCUGGCGGAUCAUAUACAGAAAUGGGUUUAGCCUUCUCCUUGGCUUGACUCUUGUAAGUGAAAGGUUGGAUCAUAUCUGGUUUCCGGGAAGGUGCCUCGCUAUUCCUCUGUUUUGUAGCUGACUAGUAAAGGUGGCCUAGCCUGCACAGGUUCGUUGGUUUCAGCUUGUGCUUUACUUGAGUGGUUUCGGGCUCUGUUUGGUAUUAGCUUGAGAAGCGGUUGUAAUUGUUCAUUCAUAUCUUGUUUCAGCAAUGGUCUAUACUAUAGAGCUCGGGAAUGCAUUCCAUGCCUAUUCUUCAAUAUGAGAAGGGGUGUCUCCCCCUCUUAGAGGCUUUUCCUCUUAGCUUAGAGGCUUUCCUCUUUUUAGCAGCAUCAGCUUGAAUCUCCCGAUUAGCAAUCAUGAUUUCCGAAUUAGAAAAUUCAUUUCGGAGAUCUUCAUUCUCCUCUAACAAAUUCAUAAUUAUCCGAUAGGAGGUCGGAUUGAUACUUUUCACAUCAAAGUCACCUAUAUGGCAGGGCUUAGUAUCAACCCAUACUCCAUUUUUGUCGAACACAUACUCCCUCUUUUUACUUUCUAACCCCAUGGUAUACUUACACAUUUUCUCUUGAACCAACAGUUCACGGAAGUUUCUACUGAACUUUCGGACAUAUGAAAUCACUUUUUUAGCCCUAGGGUCAGCUAGCUGGUUGAUGAACCAUUCUUCAUCAGCCUCAUCUUUACCCGCUCCUUUAAACUUUAUUAUGGGUUGGUCCACACUAGAUGCCUUAAGCAUAUAGGACUUAGGUGCUAAAAAGAUGCCAUAUUCGACAAAGUGCUCAUGCUUAAACUUACCCAAAGCGGUAGGUGAUACCUCUUCUUCAGGAAGUUCCCUCUCAACAACGACUGAGUCCGUAUCCGUGUAAUAGCAGUCAUCCCUCGAAAUGAAUGGGUGCAUUCUUAUGCGGGCAUAACCCGUGACAGCGGCCGAUAUUUGAACAGCAGCAUAAGUAGGGCGGUCUGAACUAAGCUUCAGUAAAUCCAAACUUCUGACAUUUUUGCAUGUUACUAGGCACUUGUCUGAACUAAGCUCAUAACUUUGAACAAACCCAUCAUUAUAGAGAGCUAAUUUUCUACUUUCUUCUGUAGAAACAAUUUGAGUCGUUGUGCUUUCGGGGCUGAUCCCGAACCUCCCGUAGAGACUGUUCAUGGUGAUUUUAUAGAUGAAAUCCAGAGCUUUCUCCCCUUUAGCCUUAGCAUCAAGCCUUUUGCUGUAGAUGUCGUACACAAAACGCUUGAAUGGUGAUUCCUUUCUAUCAAAGAUAUAUCCACAGAUCGGGUAUACUUUGUAGCCCAAACUUACUGCAUACUUAAGCUCCUCAGAAAAAUAAACACCGAGAAAUCUCCCCGUGGGGAAGAUUAUCGUACCAUCAUCCUUUUUAUAAGGUAGAAGAGGCUUUUUAAUAUGCUUAGGACAAAUUAUAAAAGCUCUAAUGAACCCAAACAUAUCAUUCAACACAAUCUUUGAUUUCUUUGAUCCUAGAUCACUAACCCAGCGGGUCUUGCCUAUAGGCAUAUCAUCUAGCAUAGAUGAGGGGUAUAGAGAAUUUACAUCAUAAUAAUACAAAUUCUCCCCGUAUGGCUUAUACACGUCCGUGUGACCACCGUAGUAGCCUUCCCUAAUAAAUUGAGCCUCAUUAUCGUCAGGAAUGUAGAUGCGAUUAUCAUCAUCAUCCUUAUAGUAAACACGUCUAAAUAUUUUUAGGGCCAAUGCUGAUAUUGUUAAUACUUUCAGGAUAUCAAUCCCAUACUCUUCCCAAAUAAUGGCUUUAGCGCGUUGCAUAACAGCAGCUGUUAUUAGAAUAUCUUGUUUAAGAUAAGUUAAAGAGUCUUCCCUAAUACUAGGUAGUUUAUCAACGGUGACAUUCUGGUGAUCGAAAGAUCCCUUCCCCCCCAAUUCUGGGCAAAAACUAUUGGCUAGAUCAGCGAGCUUUACUUUCAACAGGAGGUACGAAUCCAUGAACGUUAAAACAAGCCUUUUAUCCCCAUUUUUGGAUACCUUAUACAGUUUUAUGGAAUAAAUACAGUCGUUUCUCAUGAUGGGCUCUAUAUGACAGUUUUUAUAACUUUUAGUUAAAAAAGAGAGUAUCAUAAUACCGUCGAACUGAGAUAAAUUGUGAAAGUAUACAACCAUUGAACUUCCUCUUCUUUGAACAUCCUUUACUAUUCUAUUAAUCAUCUCUGUGAGCAUCUUUUCACUCAUAUCGUGAAAAUCCUGGCACACUUUUGAGUAGUCAUGUGCAUAGAACGUCGUAAUAUGCUCCGCGUUAACCCGCUUUUCCAUAUCAACCAUCAUAUACCCCCCUGCGUAGGGCACGUGAGUUUUGUCGACAUCCGUGUCUCGUCUUUUUAAUAAAAGAGUUUCUAGAUCAGCAACAAAAAAUAGAGUUUUGUUUUUCAUUUCUGUUUUAUCGACAGGGAUAUAUGACUGAUAGCGUCUUUUUGAACGUCGACCCAUCUUGGGUAUUUCUAAAUUAUUUAUGUCGCUGUAUUUAAUAAGUGCUCCCUUCAGAUAGUUCAAAGAUUCAUCUUUAGUUGGAAUUGAAGCUUGAUUCAAAUCUAUACUACCCUCCCUUUCUGAUUAUUCUAUUUAAUGCAAGAGUAAGGAUAGACGUCUUAUUCUUCAGUGUUGAGAUAGAAUGACUGUAGACCCUCUUCUCUCUUUUAGUUAGCCUUACUUAUUUAUUCCAAUUCCUCAGCUGGAAACAGAACUACCAAAGGGAAGAAGACAGAAGGCAACAAAGGCGCGUAUCAGCUUCAAGCAUAUAGAGAACUUGACUUACUCACCUACUUUAAUGCCUGCUUUUUACUACUUGAAAUUGAAAGCUGGCUUGGCUCUCAGACCAAUUAACUUGACACCUGCUUAGCGCCCUCACUGCUACUUCUCUCAUUAAGCUGCUCUCUCCUUUUAUCAACUUAUGAAAAAACAGCCUAUUGAUCUUCCGUCGCUCGCUAUGGAUGGUUGCAGUUGCCAAAAGGCUACCUUUUCGCACAACACUUAAAUGAGUCACUGACUGGUUUUGACGUACGUAAUACUUAACCUUACAAUCGGCAUUGCCCUUCUUCUUGCAACAGAGGAUUCGUUCUCUACGCCGAAAGGCCCAAGGCGAAUACAGAGGCUAAGAAUCAAAGCAAGGACUUUUUUAUUUGAAAAAGAUGAUAAAACAGGUCAAAGAGCCAAUAGAGGGAUGUGCUCGCCGCACUUCUUAGCGUUUUCGAUGCAAAAUCAUUUGUCGCGGGAAUUACGAGAAGUCCUCAUUCAAGCACUAGAAAAACCAGAGGAAUUUAAAGCCCCGAAAGAAAGAUGAUGGAAACAAUGCACAUCGACCAAGUAGCGACCAUUACCUUUGAGGAUGAGGACCUGAUAAACGGAUCUGCUAAUCAUAAUAAACCCUUGUAUGUCACGGAGCUUAACUUCACUUAAGUUGGUGGAUCCAGGUUGUCUACAAACAUAAACAUUCUCCCUUUGAAGAAAAUCACAAAUGACAUUGAGUGAGCGCAAGUCUAUAGGGUCCAUGGGUUCAAUCAAAACUCUCAGAAAGCUCUGGGGGCAAUUACACUGCCCAUGCAAUUCGGUUCAUUUCCGACCUUGGUCAAAUUCUAUGUCAUUGACGCCGACACUUCCUACCGAGCCCGGGACCUUGGUUACGUGAAAACCGAAUGGUGCCCUCGACCUUGAACCUGUGUUUGAAGAAAAUUACGAACAGAAUAAGAGGCUACGCGCAGUACUACGCGGUGCAUGGCAUUGAAACAGAAGAAGAGCAUGGCACCCGUCUCCCGAAAAGUGUGUAAGAUGACCAGCCUCCUAUGCCCCGAUAUGUUGAAAGGAAAGAACGUGGAGCAAGCGCUUCCGAUCAGGUGUGGUCAAUUUGAUAGCUGCCAGUUUGCAAAAUUAUGGUUGUCCUAUCGGCGCUAGAAGAAGCGUCCAUACGCCGCUUUUAGGUAUCUCCGCUUCAGACUGAAGUUUCCCACGGCUUAGAAUAGAAGACGUUGAAGCCGCACUAGCUAUGUGCCAGGACGAUGAUACAGCAAGAUUAAGGAUCUCCGUAAACAGAAGAAACUCAAGUGAAAGAAGCCCACUAAUUGAAUAGUCAACUUAGAUGGUUCCACUAGAAUGGAGGGCAACUUCGGACACUCCUCUUAUUUUACUAACUUAAUAUUCUCUGGCUGGUUCUUAGAGUUUUCGUCCUGACAUUGUUAAGCAUACUGCGAUUCACACACCUACCGACUUACGACUGCUUACACAAUAAAGGUUUUCACUACCUUAGCUUACGGAUAGAAUGAAUGCUUGUACUUGCCCAAGGUGACUUCGCAUUACUCUAUACACAGGGUACUGUACUAUAGGGUUAGGGUUAGGGUUAGGGUUAGGGUUAGGGUAGGGUUCCGUUGAGAUGAGCCUUCCCCACUGUACAAGAGUUAUAAUAUUCUAUUAGAUUGGGAAUUGUACCCGCUGGUUUUCUUUUAAGAAAAGACACAGAGUCCUACUUGGGAUUGGGACUUCCACAGUAGCUCCUUUACCAAGACUUGAUAAAGUAGUUCGCAGUAAAGAAAGAACACGGAUACGUUACUAAUAAUAAUAAGAUUGGAGUUAAGAUGCGGAUCAAUUUGAUAUGCUAUUUGUUAUUAAACACUGGUGUAGUACGACUACAUACAUAGCCUUCUUAUCCAGUACCAAGGGUGAAAUAAGUAUUCAAAGUACCAGCAACACUCGAGAAGAGAGAUUCUGUCGAAAGAAGAAGUGCGCCAACGCUGGAGACCUACAAUAUACCAUAUCCGAGGGGCUACCCAACAAGGAGUAGCUACCCAGUGCGAUAGCUUGCUUUUACUAAUUAAUAAAGGACCAACUUCUAUACUCUCCGUGAGAGACAUCGGAAGAAUAAGGGCUUGACGGGAUGGGCUAAUUGAAGAGAUAUUGAAGCCCCCUAUGAAUUCAAUGUGCACGCGGACCGGGGGAAAUCCGCUUUGGGCGAGCGUGAUGAAACUCCUUCUCAUUCACUCGGUCGAGAUCUGGUGUGAACGAAUAGGCUAUGAGAAAGUGAACUUGACUACGCGCUGUCGGGUAUUACGUUGGUGGGAGAAAGAGACAUGAAUACUCCUCCUCGCUUACUGUAUUUCCUGGCUUUGCUGCUUAUCUUUACUCGUUUGAAAUAGUCGGCUAGCUUUUCACUAGUUUCUAGAUUGAAAGUUAGGCGAAUUCCACACUGAAAUGCUUAAUUCAAAGCAGACUAGGUCUUUGCUUGCUUUAGUACAGACAUCCCCGGUGAUGAACUCGCUACCUACUUGAACAUCCCAUUUACUUUCCUUUUCUCUCUGCCGGCUGAGCGCUUAUUCAAGUAGUUUUUCUUUACUAUAAUAUAAGCCCCACCUAUUACUUCUGCUAAUCUUGGAUUGCCGAGCCGAACAGACACUGUACCUACCUCAGCCAGGAUUUUGGACAGCAAAAGAUGGCCAGGAUGUAACACAUUAGGAGGGAUAGGCUCCGCUGAAAUAGCGGGACAAUAAAACUUGACACGGUUGCUUUGCUUUAGCUAUAACAGGAGGAAUAGCCUUCAUCUAGAGUGAAAUCAUUAUUAGAUAGGAUAUUCUUUGAAUUCACAUAGAAAAGUCUAGUCUACUGAAUAUAUGAUACUGAAAGCAAGACGUAGGCGUUGGCAAAGGAAUUUGCCUUUACUAUACUAUACUAUACUAUAACGCACACGUUUCAUUAUUGUUGCUUUACUAUAUAUGAUAUGAUAUGAUAUUCCUUUUAUCAUGAAUUGGAUUGGAACCAAGGAAGUUUUAUAGCUUAUUGAAUUUUGGGGAAAGAAUCACUCUCACUUAUAGGCUUACUAGUUCCCGUAGUUCCACUACACAGUUCAUCAGUUGGAAAUAGAGUCCUAUUGCUUUAGUAGGGGUUGUAAGAUCACACCUGAAACUUUGGUUGUAAUCCCUGGGGCAUUUAACCUUGUUUUUCCCUUGUGAGCCGCCUAUGUAAAUCCACGAUCUUUAGGCAAAUUUGAAUCAAUCAUCGCUCCAGUGAGUAACGUAUUUUUUGGACUUGUAAUAAUAGCCUUGUCCAGUAGCGAAGUACUAACUUCUUUACUUUGCUUGCCCUGUCCGCCUUUCAGGAAGCCUACUUGGCGAUGAACAAGACUUUGAAUUGAAGGUCGAGUAAACUAUUCGAAGGAUCGCCGAUUCAGUCCUCUUUUUUUAUGUUGUAGAGUCCGUAACUGGUCUUUUCUUUGGGAAUGGUAACCUUACCCCGUGGUCAAACUCUUGUCUUGUGGGUGGUCAAUCUCAAACUCUUUAUUAAUAUAGGCGGAUAUUCUAAGAAGGCUAAUAAUCAUUCUCAAAAAAUCCUUGCCUAAAUCUGCGCCAUCUGUGUCCGUCUAGUGAAGAUAGCUAAUGGAUUCCUCCCCAAGCUUCUUUCUUAUUAGUUGCCUCAGCACCCGAGUAAUAGACAGUGGGACUAGUUCUUAGUAGGCAAGCACCUCCUUGAGUGUCCAGUGUCAAAAGAAUGCCAGGACCAGCCGAUCCAUCCAAGGUGAAUGAGCCGCACGAACUGCUAACUACAGAUAUCAUUUGCUCCUUGGUUUAGACUUUAGAACAGCACUAGAUCUUAAGUAUAAGUAAUUGUGGGAGCAGACCUCCUAAAGCACCAGACCAUUUUAUGAACCAAUUGCAAGUAAAAGUAGUCUUUGCAGCAAGUUAAACAAUAGUAUCACAAGUUCACAACUAUGAAUGCUCACACUCAGGAUAGACGCCCAGCUUUAUUAAGAAAGCCAAAGUUCAUACAAUAAAAAAGGAAAUAAGGAAAGCAGGGGACACCUGCGUUACAAUGAGGUAAUCUGACUUAUAACGACUCCUGAACAACUCAAACACUAGAAAGCACUAGUAUCACCAAACCAACAACUGAGCUUUCGACAGACGGACUUAGUCUUUCUUCAGGUCCCGCUAACCUAGUGAUGUAGAAGAUUAGCGCCGGAUGGCACAAGGCGCUUUGCUGUGCAGCCUCUCCACAGAAUUUUGCUGCAUGCUGUGAUGGUGGAACUGUCAUUUUGGGGAAGAAGAAAGCCGCCCCCUUUUGCGGCAGAGUGGGCAGCAUCGCUUUCCCUCGCGUAGCUUCGAUGCCAUGAAAAAGCAGAAAAAAGACAAGAAAAAGAAAAAACAGUAUCUUUUGGAUUCCUGCCAUUAAUUACAGGAAAACGAAUUGUGGAGCUGUAGGCUUCAAAGUAAGGGGAGGACCGAGAUUAUAUACCCAGCAGCAGCGCGGGAUCGAAGGGCUUGGUUGGAAGGUAAGUUGGUGGUAGGUUAGGGGUCUUUCCCGCGUGAUAGGCUUGGCGCUUCCCGCCUGAUAGAUAACCACCACCACCUUUUACAUGCAAGACUGCCAUGCGGCACGAAUUUCACGGUAGGUACAAUCCUGAUAAGUUUGCAGCAGUUGAGUCAUGCCUUUGUAAACAAACCUUUCCCACCUUUAACAAACCGAUCCAAAACCAAGAAAGAAAGAAAAGAA